AUGGAUGAAAUCAUGGACGGGUUAGCAGAUCAGCUUACUAUGAAACAAAACUUGAAUGGAGGAUUGCUCAUACAGUUGUCUUUCAAAGAGGAAAACUAGAUUGCAGUCAAAGUCAACAACUAAAAUCCUUACGUGUGAAAAAGUCAACAAAAUAAAAUUCUUAAGUGUGAAAAAGUCAACAACUAAAAUCCUUAAGUGUGAAAAAGUCAACAAAAGUUAGGUCAUUUCUUUUUCUCGUUUAUAAGUUUAGGUAAGUCACUAAUACAGUGUUCUGUCAGCUUCGACACGGCGAAUCGUAGAAUGUUCCGCUUACUAAAGUUUGACCAUAGACGGUUACGUGUACAACAAGAAAGCAGUCAUUAUACUAAAAUAUAACAAGAAUCGCCAAAAGUCGAGUUUACCGGGGCUGCCAAUUUUCCUGAGGGAGGGGGUGGCUGCCACUUAGGCCACCAGGCUUGUCGCUGGCCAUUGCGUGACGUAGCAUAUCAUGUAAGACUUUAACAAUUUAAUGACUUUAAUACUCAUUUGAACAUUGUACCUUUUUGGAAGACUUUCGUAACAAGAAAAGCGAGUGCAAUUUUCGAGUCGGAGCUGUACGGUACCUCAUCAAAUUCCACCAUUAUGAAUAGAAAUAAGCAAGUGAACCAUUCUAAGCAGGAACCAAUAAGCGUUAUUUUCACUCACCCCUCCCCUAAUCCCUCUGCUCCCCAAUUAAUAUAGUGUGACUUAUUUGACCUAGGCGGAAAUUCCAAAAACUAUAAUUGUCGUUAUCAAAACGCUGUUAAUAACAAGCAGUACAUUUCUCAAUUCUGGUUGUUAAAACUAACAAAGCCAGCAAAUUAGGGGCCUACAUCGUCCUACAUCGUCCUAUACCGGCCUACAUCGGCCAAUACCGGCCUACAUCGUCCUACAUCGUCCUAUACCGGCCUAUACCGGCCUAAAUACUAUAAACAGAGAUCAAACACUUAUGUAACAUUUUCAUUUGUGUUAAGACUUCAUUGCGUAAACAUGCCCUACAAGUUUAGACGAGUGUGCCCGCUAUGUUAUAGACAGGAUUUGCUAUACUUAGCUGAUCAUUUACGUCAAGUGCACAAGUUAUCGUGUGAGCAACGACAACCACUAUUAAAGGCAGCGAUAUUUUCUCAUCAAGUGACUCCAACAGUAUUCCCAGGAGUUCAACCUCAAGGAUUGUAUUCCCCUCACAUUUUUCAACAUGGAAUGCCACAAUAUACAAUGAACGCACCGUUCCCUCCACCAAGUAUAGAGAAUUUAACCACCGUUCCAGCGUCUAAUCUGUCUCAAAGUAUGAAACCGAAACAAUGCAAAGUCACCAAGUUACCAACACGUCAGUGUUUAGAGACACAAACUUACCCCGAGUUUAAGUUUCAUCACAUGUUUUCCAUGCUUGUAGUAGGACCAACGCAAUGUGGGAAAACC